AUGGCCACUUCUGAAACAAAGUCGACGCUUUAUCCUAAGAUCACCACCCACAUCAAAGAGGUGAGUCUCCGCGCUCUGCAUCACACUCCAUACGAUAGCUCACCAAAUCCAAUUUUCCAGGUGAUCAAGACUCUCAGAUAUAAACUUCGCAAUCCAGACAGCCCUGAACAAGAACCUACACUCGAGCCUAUUCCUAUCGUUGGUACCGUCAAGCUCCACGGCACCCAUGCAGACAUCCUAGUUACUAGUGACAAUAUCAUUAUCCUGCAAUCCCGGAAUAAUGCGGUGCUCCUUAAAACAGCAGAUAACUUGGGUUUCGCAAAUGCUAUGUCAUGGAAGCAACCUACGAUUCUCAGGCUUCGUGAUCAGUUCUUAACCCGUUGGAAGGAACUAAACCCCAACAAAACUCUGAGCACCGAGCUGCCCAUCACUAUAGCCGGCGAAUGGAUCGGCGAGAAGAUCCGAAAAGGUGUUGCCAUCUCCAGAUUAUCCCGUCGUCUCGUCAUCAUCUCCGCCAAGAUCAACGGCGCUUGGGUCACAGACAACGACUACGCGGACAUCGAAGCCCCAGAAGACGACAUCUACAACAUUUCCCGCGCAGGGACCUACCAUUCUAUUCUCUACCCAGAAGAACCGCACAAGACGAUCAACGAACUCGAAGCCCUCGCCGACACUAUCGCCGCCCACUGCCCUUUUGCAGAAAGCUUCGGCAUAAGCGGCGAAGGCGAAGGCUUAGUUUGGAAGCUCGUGCCCUACAUUUCCGACUCCGAUCUCUGGUUCAAGACGAAAGGUGGGCACUUCAAGCCUACUUUUACACCCGCCCCGAAGAAGCCGCCGGUGGACCAGGCUGAAAAAUGCGAGCUUGCCAAGGCGCUGGCUAAAUCAUGGUGCUCGGAGCAACGGCUGGAACAGGGCUGGGAUUACCUGAGGGAGAAAGGCAUCGAGCAGAAUAUGAAAGGGAUUGGAGCUUUCCUGAAGUGGGUGCAGGUUGAUAUUCUGACGGAGGAAAAGGGUUAUGUUGCGGAGCACGGGGUGGACGAAGAGCUACUGAGGAAGGAGAUCAUCGGGAGAGCGAAGCCUUGGUAUCUGGAAAAAUAUGCUGCUGUGCGAUAA